AUGGCUAACUUCUACAUCGCUAUGGCCUUCUUGGCCCUCAUUUCUGGGUUCCCGUACUGGGAGUGGAUUCGGACCAACCUCUUCGAUCGCUGA